UCUCUUGCAAGGGCGUGGGUGGGGAGGUGGGGUGAGGAUAGGCCGAUUACAGCGAUUACACCAGUUGAGCCUUUUUUUUUUUUUCUUUUUCAGAAACCUAGCAGGAGAAUCAGAAAUUCCCCACUCUUUUAGGAUUUUUCAGCUCUCUCCUGAGUCCUUAGAAAACUGCUCUAGGAGCCCCUCGGAUGGCGUCCUGGAGAGCAGUCUCCAAGGCCUGGCUUGAACCUGUCCCAGGUCUGAGAAAUUUUUACACGGCGACUUCAUACCGGUGGUUCUGGUUUUUCAAGCAUGUAGAGAUCAGAGGGAACCUUGGACCCAUCCCUCCCACAUCAUCUUCAAUACACGCUUUAAUUUUAUUCAGAGAGUUUAGACCGAGCCAAGAUCCUGAGUACAGGCCUUGGGUCUCCGGCAAGAAAUCCUGCAAACUUAUUUAACUGCUAAGUAAAAUCCCUGACGGAUAAAGGCCAUCCCGGGGCGCUCCGGCGCGCGCAGGGGUCACGGGUAGGCCGAGUGUUGCCAGCGCCAGCAGCGCGGAGGAAGUCUGGCUGCAGUGGCAGGGUCUGUGUCGCCAGCAGCCCGCAGCAGAUCAUUGGGGUUGCUCAGGAUUUCAGACUGGUGGAAAUCCUGUGGUGAGUCCUUGAAGCCUACGGGGGGGCUCCACGCCCAUAGAAGGUGGGAGCAUGCCGGGGCUAUGGAGGCAGAGGCUUCCUUCGGCUUGGGCUUUGCUUCUCCUGCCUUUCCUGCCGCUGCUGUUGCCCGCAGCCCCCGCACCCCACCACGGGUCCUACAAGCCUGUGAUCGUGGUGCAUGGGCUCUUUGACAGUUCAUACAGCUUCCGCCACCUGCUGGACUACAUCAAUGAGACACACCCCGGGACUGUGGUGACAGUGCUUGAUCUCUUCGAUGGCAGAGAGAGCUUGCGACCCCUGUGGGAACAGGUUCAAGGGUUCCGAGAGGCUGUGGUCCCCAUCAUGGAAAAGGCCCCUGAGGGGGUGCACCUCAUCUGCUACUCCCAGGGAGGCCUGGUGUGCCGCGCAUUGCUGUCUGUCAUGGAUGAGCACAAUGUGGAUUCCUUCAUCUCCCUCUCCUCUCCACAGAUGGGACAGUAUGGAGACACGGACUAUUUGAAGUGGCUGUUCCCUACGUCCAUGCGGUCUAACCUCUAUCGGAUCUGCUAUAGCCCCUGGGGCCAGGAAUUUUCCAUUUGCAACUACUGGCACGACCCUCACCACGAUGACUUGUACCUCAACGCCAGCAGCUUUCUGGCCCUCAUCAAUGGGGAGAGAGACCAUCCGAAUGCCACUGCGUGGCGGAAGAACUUCCUUCGUGUGGGCCGUCUGGUGCUGAUUGGGGGUCCGGACGAUGGAGUCAUCACUCCCUGGCAAUCUAGCUUCUUUGGUUUCUAUGAUGCCAACGAGACGGUCUUGGAGAUGGAGGAACAGCCGGUGUAUCUUCGAGACUCUUUUGGGUUGAAGACUCUCUUGGCCCGGGGGGCCAUAGUGAGAUGCCCCAUGGCUGGGAUCUCUCACACCACCUGGCACUCCAAUCGCACGCUCUACGACGCCUGCAUUGAGCCCUGGCUCUCCUGAAGAUGUCCUCAGGGCUCUCCAGGAAUUUCCCAGCCCAGAGAUCAAGUGGUGGCCUUCUGGCGUGCCUGUGCCUGUGACCACCUCGUCGCUCCCACACUGCCCCCCGCCCCCCACCAGGGCUCCCAAACCCUCCCCUCUGCUCCUCUGUGAAUGACAAGUCCUGGUCCCCUACCUCAUGUCCUCACUUGGGGACGUCUCCAUGCUCUCCCUUUCUGCCACGGCUGAGGUUGGGAAGCAAGCACCAGGUUUUUAACUGUGGCUUCACCGCUGCUGCUGUUGCUUCUCCGGGUCUGGCUGUACCGGAGGAGAACCCAGCCCCUGCCCACCUCAGGGGUCUUCCAGGCCACUCAGGACAUUUUUAGCUUGUUAUUCCCAUGCCCCUCUUCUCUGUCCCUGUGGCCAGCCUCCCCACCGAGAGGGGCGCCCGUACAAGGGGGUUCUGAGGCUCCCCUAUGGGGACAGUUCCACUUUUGAAGUGUCAGUGUUGGGGAAUAUCUGUGGCCUGCAAGGCCCAUCUCAGGUUUGGGGAUCCCCCAGUCCCUAUGAUCAGUGUUGGGGUAUCCCCUGGGAGCCUAGGUUCUUUGAGGCCCCAGCCCCUCUUUUAACCACCUUUGAGUGGGUGGUCCCCGUAUUUAUAGAAAUAAAAGUUCCAUUUCCUCAA